AUGGAACCCAGGGCUGACCGGGUACUGCCUGAGCGGAUUCCGACAGUCUGUGCUCAGUGGAAGAGUGUUGGUUACUCUGAUGUACUAGUUCACAGCACAGGCUUGUACACAGACUUCAUUAUUUUCUCUAUUCUUUGUGCCCAUGUUACUUUAUUGAGUAAUUAUUAUCUAUUUCUGAGAAAUGGAAAUUCUCUUCUUCAAGUGACAAUUUCACUUAGCAAAGUAGAGCUUAGUGUGGGUGAAUCUAAAUUCUUCACAUGUACAGCAAUUGGUGAGCCUGAGAGUAUAGACUGGUAUAACCCUCAAGGAGAGAAGGUCAUUUCGACACAGAGGGUUAUGUUACAGAAAGAAGGGGUCAGGUCACGUCUAACCAUCUAUAAUGCAAACAUAGAAGACGCAGGGAUAUAUCGCUGCCAAGCAACAGAUGCCAAAGGACAGACACAGGAAGCUACAGUAGUUUUGGAAAUUUACCAAAAACUCACCUUCAAAGAAGUGGUCUCUCCUCAAGAAUUCAAGCAAGGGGAGGAUGCAGAAGUGGUUUGCAGGGUUAGCAGUUCACCCGCCCCUGCUGUCAGCUGGCUGUAUCACAAUGAGGAAGUCACCACCAUUCCAGACAAUCGGUUUGCUGUGCUUGCAAACAAUAACUUGCAGAUCCUCAACAUUAAUAAAAGUGAUGAAGGUGUAUACAGGUGUGAAGGGAGAGUGGAGGCUAGGGGGGAGAUUGACUUCCGGGACAUCAUCGUUAUCGUUAACGUUCCACCAGCAAUCGUUAUGCCCCAGAAGUCCUUCAAUGCUACUGCAGAGAGAGGAGAAGAGAUGACAUUAACCUGCAGGGCCUCAGGCUCUCCAGAUCCUACCAUCUCUUGGUUUAGGAAUGGAAAGCUCAUUGAAGAAAAUGAAAAAUAUACUUUAAAGGGCAGCAAUACAGAGCUCACUGUCAGGAACAUAAUCAAUAAAGAUGGCGGCUCUUAUGUCUGCAAAGCCACAAACAAAGCAGGAGAAGAUGAAAAGCAGGCCUUCCUUCAAGUCUUUGUACAGCCUCAUAUAUUACAACUUAAAAAUGAGACGACUUCUGAGAAUGGUCACGUCACACUCAUCUGUGAAGCUGAAGGUGAGCCAGUUCCAGAAAUCACAUGGAAAAGAGCGGUGGAUGGCACCACAUUUUCUGAAGGUGAUAAGAGCCCAGAUGGCCGUAUAGAAGUCAAAGGACAGCGUGGCCACUCAUCCCUGCACAUCAGAGAUGUGAAGCUAUCCGACUCAGGGCGAUAUGACUGUGAGGCCGCGAGCAGGAUUGGUGGCCACCAGAGGAGCAUGCACCUGGACAUUGAAUAUGCUCCUAAGUUUGUUUCAAAUCAGACAACAUAUUAUUCUUGGGAAGGAAAUCCAAUCAACAUAAGUUGCGAUGUGAAAUCAAACCCACCAGCAUCAAUCCAUUGGAGAAGACAAAAGCUGGUCUUACCAGCUAAAAAUACCACUCAUUUAAAGACGUACAGUGUAGGAAGAAAGAUGAUACUAGAGAUUGCCCCUACAUCGGACAAUGACUUUGGACGAUAUAACUGCACUGCUACUAACCGUAUAGGCACAAGGUUUCAGGAGUAUAUUCUUGAGUUAGCAGAUGUGCCCUCUAGUCCCCAUGGAGUGACGAUUACAGACCUGUCUCAGACCACAGCCAAGAUCUUGUUCAACAAACCCGAAUCCCAUGGAGGAGUGCCUAUUCAUCACUAUCAAGUGGAUGUCAAAGAAGUGGCAUCAGAAACCUGGAAAAUAGUACGCUCCCAUGGAGUUCAAACAAUGGUUGUUUUGAGCAGCCUGGAACCAAAUACGACUUAUGAAAUCAGGGUUGCAGCAGUAAAUGGAAAAGGGCAAGGGGACUACAGUAAAAUAGAAAUAUUCCAGACACUGCCAGUCCGUGAGCCAAGUCCCCCUUCCAUACAUGGACAGCCAAGCAGUGGGAAGAGUUUUAAAAUCAGCAUCACAAAACAAGACGAUGGAGGGGCUCCUAUUUUAGAAUACAUUGUGAAAUACAGGAGUAAAGAUAAAGAAGAUCAGUGGCUCGAGAAGAAGAUUCAGGGGAAUAAGGACCACAUAAUUUUGGAACACCUACAGUGGACAAUGGGCUAUGAAGUGCAGAUCACAGCUGCCAAUAGACUGGGGUAUUCUGAGCCCACCAUAUAUGAGUUCAGCAUGCCCCCAAAGCCCAACAUUAUUAAAGACACACUUUUCAAUGGCCUUGGGCUAGGAGCCAUCAUUGGCCUUGGAGUCGCUGCCCUUUUGCUAAUCCUUGUGGUCACAGAUGUCAGCUGCUUCUUCGUUCGCCAGUGUGGGUUACUGAUGUGCAUUACCAGGAGAGUCUGUGGGAAGAAGAGUGGCUCCAGUGGAAAAAGCAAAGAGAUUGAAGAAGGAAAGGCAGCAUAUCUGAAAGAUGGAUCAAAAGAACCAAUAGUGGAAAUGAGAACAGAGGAUGAAAGAAUCACCAAUCAUGAAGAUGGGAGUCCAGUAAAUGAGCCAAAUGAAACCACACCACUAACAGAACCUGAAAAAUUGCCUUUAAAAGAAGAAAAUGGAAAAGAAGUCCUAAAUGCAGAAACUAUAGAAAUUAAAGUGUCUAAUGACAUCAUCCAGUCUAAAGAAGAUGACAGCAAAGCAUAA